AUGAGCCACAUCUUCAUACGACACAUUGUAUCCAACCAUGGAUGGCCCAAGGAACUUGUGACGGACAGAGACAAGUUAUUCUCGUCACGAUUUUGGCAGGCAUUUAUGAACAAGUUGGGAGUCAAACACAAGAUGUCGACGGCAUACCAUGCCAGAACCGAUGGGCAAAUAGAGAGAAUGAACCAGGUCUUGGAAGCCUACCUUCGGGCAUAUGUCAAUUACGAACAAGACAAUUGGUCAGAAUUGCUGCCAACGGCCCAGAUGUCUUACAACAGCUUGAAAACAGAGACAACUAAGGUGACACCAUUCUUCGCCAACUUCGGAUACGAAAUGAGCUCCCGCAGAGGUUGGGACUCGGAAUCAUUCGUGCCCAGGGCACACAUACGCGCCGAGAGACUCACAGAGAUGCACCAGACACUACGCGACGAGCUUACAUUCGUACGCGACAGAAUGAGUCGAUAUUACGACUGCACUAGAUCGACGGCGCCGAUCUUCAAGAGGGGAGACAAAGUCUACCUUCUUCGUCGUAAUAUCAAAACCAAACGACCCAGUGACAAGCUUGACUACAAGAAGCUUGGCCCAUUCAAAGUGCUCGAGAAAGUCGGCACCAGCAACUACCGCCUCGAGCUACCCAAGGGCAUGCGGCAAUGGCCGACAUUUCACAGCUCCCUACUCGAACCCGCACCCAAGAACGCCAGGAUCGACAAUAAGGUAGAGACAUGGAACGAAGGCGACGAGUUCAUGGCCGAAGGCAUAAUGGAUUCCAAGAUCGAAGACGAAAAAUCUUCUACUAUGUCAAAUGGGAAGGUUACGGACACGAAAGCAAUACAUGGGAACCACCAGAAUACCUGCUCAACUUCAAGAAAGAGAUUGAAAACUGGCAUCGCCAGAACCCUGACCGACCGAAGCCGCCAGCUGCUCCAGAGAACCAGGCGAUAA